AUGCCGGCCAAUGCGAUACCAGCAGAACUACGCAAGGCCAAGCCGCUGGAAGGGGCGCCAUCUUCCUCCGAUUUUCAAUUCCUCCUGGCUGCCAUCCAGAAGGUCGAGCAACGGGAUAAAAUUCAAGCCCCUGGCCGGCGAGUGCAGGUGGACGAUGAAGGUCAACCCCAGGUUCCGGCCAACUCCCCCAUUGGCAAUCCGCUUCGCCUGCGGCCAGUUCUAGAUGCACUGGCCAGUCUCUGCGUCUCCAAGCCCAGAGGCGAGGUUGUAGCCAUUGCUAUGGAAUGUGCGGCUGAUACAUCGGUGACCUUCCGCGUCGCCACAAACUCCGAGGUGCCCACAGCAACUGUGAACCACCUACAGAGCAUGUUGCGCAAGAUGCAGGAGGUAUCGUCUAGCUAUCGCAAGAACAAAGCUACCCAGUCUCACGAGGUGACUCCAGAUCAGCAGACCAUGGGCUUGACGAACAGUCUUGUCUAUAUGUGCAUUGACUUUUCAUUUGAGAAGUGGAAAAAGCGGAUUCACUCCAAGCUGGAACCCUUCCUAUCCAUCCCACACAAUGAUCUUCCGAAAGCCCAUCCAUUCGUCAAGACUCGAGUCUGCAUUCGGGGUCUUGUACACUUGUACAAGAAUAAGCCCCAGUUCAGCGAUCAGGAAGAGUGGAGAAGCUUGGUCAUCCAUCUGCAAGACACCCAGAAGGCGACGCAAGCCUUCAUUGAAACGAAGCCCGUGGUUGGUGCUGAGAGCCGGCGAUACGAGAAGUUCCCUUCCAUCGAAACCUAUCUCAUAAAGGUCAACUCUCUCAUCAACCAUCUUGGUGCACUGGUCCGAGCAACAAGAUCACCUCACUGUGAAGCCCUGCUCAAUAAGCAGUGCUGGGCUAAACACCUUCCAUCGAUGUCAACCAAGGUCGCUGCCGUCCCCAAUACCCCUGAGGAGUGGGAAGCAGUGUUGGAGAAAGCAGCGAGUGUACAACCCACUGAUUAUGACCUCGAUCUGAAUGUCAUUCGUGGAGAUUCACGCUUCAUGGCCCAGUCGGACAUUCCACGGGACAUCUCCGUGCACUGCGAAAUCAAAAUCCUGCUCGACAUCUUCCGGAACGAGAGUCCCGCAUACACAUACAUUGGUGUUUCCAAACUCUCCUGUCGCGGUUGCCAUGCCUUCUUUGCCGCAUUCAAUAACAUUCACGACACCCACUUUCUCACGAGAGGAUCACACGGCAAGUCGUACUUCCCAUGGCAAUUCCCCUUGAACUUUCCUAAAUCCAACGCCGUGGCCGACAAAGCCUACAGACUUCUGGCCGAGCGAUGGGUUCCGACGUACCACGGAUACCGGCCAAGGAUGGUUCACCUGCAGCCUGACUCGACGGCGGGAUCGGGUGCUCAAGAGAUCGAGCUUGGGGACCGCCGCGAAGACGACAACACCCUGUCUCUUGAAGUCCUCACUGCGGACUUGCCAGAAACAGGGAACCACUAG